UAUUCUCACAAUUCAUUACAGGUAUUAAGUAUAGGGCAUUCAACCCGUGUUUGUGGUCACAGAUUCCGAAUUAAUGAUAUUACAUGCCAUCCUGUACUUCCUCUGUUACUGACAACAUCUCAUCAUAACUUGCCUGAUAAGAUCCAAAGCUCCUCAGGUACUUCAAGUCCAUCUGUUCCUAAUAGCCCAUGUUGUUGCAUAACUAGCUUGCCAGUUGGAUUUAAUUUGGGGUUCUGUAGUGAGCUAAUUCUAUGGAAGGUUGAUCCAGUAGGUCCACUUUCUAAAUCUGGAGGAGUCACAGAACUAGCCAGGAUCAAUUCCUUAGAAACAGCAGCUUUUGCCAAUGUAGCAUGGAUUCCUACUUUGCUACCAAGUACAACACAAGGAAGUAUUUCUAAUUCACCAAGUGCUUGUUUUGUGGCUUCUGAUGGCCAUCAAUUGAGAAUCUAUCAGGCUGUUAUAGAUGCAAGGAAUUUACUUGCAGAAAUUUCUCGUUCUUCUCGACGAAAUGAUGUGCAGGACCUGAGCCAGAGUAGUAGCACUUCAUCAGGUUUAGGCUAUCGUCACAGCACUCUGCAAGAUACAUUCAAAAUUGUUAGCGAACAAUCAACUUCAAGGCCAGGCUGUGUGAUAGAAUUAGAUUCAAUUAUGGAUGCUACUCAUGAUUGGCAAAAUACCCAACUGUUACAUGUCUUUCAAGAGCAGCUAAUUUAUAGCAGUCCCCAAGCAAAAAAUACACCUCGAGAAGGUAGUAGUAUCAGCUUAGUUCAGCCUGACUUGCAAGCAAUUGUAGAUUUACGGCAUAGUUCAGUGUUUGAGGAACCUUUCUAUUUGGUGAUUCUUGAAAAGCAAGAAGAUAAAUCAAUUUUGCAUAUGUGGAAAAUAGUCAUUGCUUCAUCAUGUGGAUCUGAAGAUCAAGAACAGUGUAAUUUUACAUAUGUUCCUGACAGUAACCUAGUUCAAGAAAGUGAUCAUUCAAAUCAAUCUUCAAGAAGCCCAACACCUGAGUUAACUCACGACACAUCUUAUGCAUUUGCACAAGCUUCACCUCUUCGAGUUACAACUAAGAAAGUCUGUACUCAAAUAUUACCUUUGCCAGAAGAUGUUGAAAUAGUACAUGCAGCUCCUGCUGCUGGCCAUCUAAGUUCUUCCAAUAUAUAUCCAGCUUGUUUUGCUCCCUAUCUUAUCUGUACUGCAUGUUCAGAUUAUAAUGUGAGAUUCUGGAAAUGUGAAACAAUUCAGGGAGAAAAUAAGGAUGAUGUGCAAUAUAAUUGGGUGGAAUGGGAAAUGAUGCUAAAUAAAACUAGUAGUUCUGUUCAUGUUCCAGGUCAACCAUUAUAUGUUAGUUGUGCAUACAGUGGUCGAAUGGCCUGCGCUUUCAAACAUGGGAAAUCUUUCACUCGUCACAAUUCAAAAAAUCCAGAGGACAGAUAUGUAAACAUAGGUGUAUCAAUUUUUGAAUGUGAAUCAACCGGUGGCUCUGAGUGGAUGUUGGAAGAUACCAUAAAUCUUAGAAAUGUUGUCUUGCCACUUCCAAAAUUGAGUUUGAAUUUAGAUACUCUUUUUGAUGCCUCACAGAGAAACAAAAGGACAGCAGAUGCCCUUAUGCAGAAACUGUCUACUGAUGAGAAUGUAAAUGAACGUUUGCCACUUCAGCGCCUUUUAUCUGUGCCUAGUUAUGCAACUCUUCAAACAUUGCGGCAAGCAAUAACAGAAAAAGGAAACCAAGAUCUUCUGGCUCCUAAAUCUAUUGUUCAUUUAGACUGGGUGUCUGCUGAAGAUGGAUCUCAUAUUCUGACAGUGGCCAUUGGUUCAAAAAUUCUCCUAUUUGCUCCUGUAUCAAAUGAUAUUGCUCAAGCAAAUGUUCAAGCAAUGAAAGCAUCCAAAUCAGCUAGUCGUCCUCUUUUAAAACAAGCUUCUUCUAUGGUUCUUCCUCUAUCAUGUAAUGAUGAGAUACGUUGGAUGCGUAUUAGAAGCACACCCCUUAAGUCUGCUGAUUCUCUUCCACCAAUCCCUAUGCAGCUUUCAUGGGUGCGCCAUGGAAUACUAGUUGUAGGUAUGGAUAGUGAAAUGCACAUCUAUUCACAGUGGAAAAUGGCAGUGGAUGAUAAAGAAAAUUCAUCCAGUUCUGAGAAAGAUGAGCCUCUUGUUGAUGAUCGCAAACUUACUGAAGAGGAGCUUCUUUCCAGAGCCCAAGAAUCUUCACAGUUACGAUUACCUACAUCAUCUGGUGGUACUAUGUCUCGUUCUACAUCAUAUUCUAUUCUUAGUGCUGCCAGUGAAACAAAAAGAAAAAAAUCAGAGCAUGUCAAACCUGAGAGGGAAAGUGUAGUAAGUGUUGGUCCUAUGCCAGAUUUUGGUUUAUUUGAAGCUAGUCGAUUAGCUUGUCCUGUUCUUCCUCAGUAUCAUCCCAAACAGUUGAUGGAACUACUAGGAUUUGGGAAACUUCGACGAGUCAAAGCAAUUCUCAGCCAUUUAGUGAGAUGCCUGUCUGGCACAGAAAAUAUCAAGAAAACAUACCUGCAAGUUCCUGAAUCUGUAGGAAAUGAUAAUGAAGGUGAAGGUGGAAGUCGAACUUGGUCCCGAACCCGUGCAAUGUCUUUAGCUGCUAGUACAUCUCCCUUACCUCAUAGUCCUAAUGAUCAAAGAGGCUCAAUAUCAGUAUUUCCAGAAGAAGUGACUUUAGACUACGUGGAAAUUCAAUCUAUCCCACCUCUACCAUUAUUUACUCUCUUGGCCACAGAUAAGGAAACCCACAUGCAGCCUUCUCCUACUACUCAUGAGGAUCAGUCUUUAGAUAAGGAUUAUACAGGUCUUUUUGAUAUAACUUCGAGUGUGGAAGACAAUUUAGAUGAUAUACUCCACAAUAAGUUUUCAGGAGAGAGUAAGAAAGAAAGACCAUCGUUCAGUGUAAACGAAAAGAAGAUCCAUUUAUCUAAUUUUAGUCCAAACCAGGCUUCUUUAUUAACUCGGUUUCUGACUCAUUCCCACCUUCCUGGUCUUUCAAGUUUAGAUCAAAUGCAUCUUUUGGCCUUAGCAGACACAGUUGCAUCAUUCAAUACUGCUCUUGUGGACAGGUUUAGUGCUGAUCCUGCGUAUGUGUAUUAUUUUACAUCUAAGUUAAAUGGUAUCUUUUGUUUAUGUAAUGUGCUUGAAAAUGAUUAUGUUUUUUUGCAGCUUCUGUCUAAGGAUACAAAGAGCAGCGUAGAUGGCCUUAAUGUAACUGUUACUACAGAUUCUUUAGAUGACUGUGGAUUAAGAUUCCUUUUAGCUAUGAGGCAUUACACUUACUUACUGAGGUGUUUACCUCUUGGUCAACGAGCUCAACUCCAAAAUCAAGGUCUGGGAAGCCAUAGUUUAGUAUGGGCUUUUCAUUCUGAAACUCAGGAAGAAUUACUGCAGUUGGUUCCUUGUACUCAAAAAGGCAAUUUAAAAUGGAGUGAACUUAGAGAGCUUGGUGUUGGAUGGUGGGUAAGAAGCAAUACAGUGCUGAGACGCUUGAUGGAAAAGGUUGCAAAAGCUGCAUUUCAAGUGAAGAGUGAUCCAAUGGAUGCUGCCCUUUACUAUUUGGCUAUGAAAAAGAAAACACUUCUUUGGGGUCUGUUCAGGUCUGUGCAAGAUUCAAAAAUGACAGCAUUCUUUCAGAAUAAUUUUACCCAAGAUAAGUGGAAGAAAUCUGCCCAGAAAAAUGCAUAUGUUCUCAUGGGCAAACAAAGAUUUGAACAUGCAGCUGCUUUCUUUCUCUUAGGGGGUGAUUUGAAAGUAGCUGUGGAAAUAAUCUUGAAUCAUUUGAAUGAUUUGCAACUAGCAAUGGUUGUGAUUCGAUUAUAUGAAGGAGAAAUGGAAACAGUUACACCUUCACUUCGGAGACUGUUAUUUUUGGAAGUUUUAGGAUGUGAAGAAGAUGGAUCAAACUAUGUUCCUUCUAAAGCUUAUCCAGACCCAUUCAUUCGUUGUAUGGCUCGUUGGAUACUUCAAGAUUACUGUGGUUCUUUAACCACUCUUUUGCAAACAGAUGUUGGGUAUUCUCAUCCUAAAGCUGCCGAAAUUGAAAAUGCCCAUGAUCGUAUGUCAGCAAAUCCAAGUGUAUUUAAUUUCUACUUGUUUUUACGUACACAUCCUUUGGUUGUGCGCAGACAGAGAGCUCAAAAUCUGUCAGAAAUGAGAAAAUCCAAAGCAAUAGGAAAACAGGAGACUCAAAACGAAAAUUUUGAUCCUGAUGAGUUAACCUAUGAAGAUACAAUCACACCACUGGAAAGAAGGUUAUUUUUUACCACCGCCCAUGCUCAUUUCCGAGCUGGAUGUCCUGCAUUAGCUCUGGAAGUCUUGUCCCGCUUACCAAAUAAAGUAUUAACAGAUGGCCCAAUGUCACCUGAUGAUGCAGUUUUUGAUUUUGCCAAUGUCUUGAAUAAUAAAGAUGAUAGUAUUGCUACUGGUACUUUAGGAGAUGCUGCAACAUCCUUAACAAAUACAGCAACCAAAAAAGCAAAUUCUAUAGACUGGAGUCAACCAGUUGCAGCUAAUACCAGUGAAAGUGCUUCUGAUUUUGACUGGAGUCAGCGUGUUACUGCUACUGUGCAAUCUUCAUCUGAUUUUGAUUGGGGUGCACCUGUGUCUCAACCAAAUGAAAUAGAAUUAGACUUGGAUUUGAAUCUCAACGAUAGUGGAAGUGAAACAUCUGAGGAUGGUAUUAAAAUAAAAACUCCAGAGGCACCAAAAGAAGACGUUAAGAAAACAAAUGAGUUGAAAUCUGUUGCUAUCGAUAUAAUGGCCCAGCAGCUGAAAUUUAUUGCAUGCUUAAAGAUAAUGAUGGAAGAACUGAGUACUUUGGCUACUGGAUAUGAAGUUGAUGGUGGUCAGCUACGAUACCAGUUGUACAUAUGGCUUGAAAAAAGUGUCGCAGCACUUAAAGAUCUGUGCCAUUAUGGCUGUACAAAUUCUCAGGAUGCUAGUCAGUCAGCUCCAGAAUCUAUGGCAGUGGAGGGAAGUCCACCUAGCAGUGCUCAUUGUGAUAGUGCCGUGGAUUUUCAAAAUCAGAGGCCUUCUCUUCAUGAAAUAUUAUUAGCAGAUAAAAUGGAUUUUGAAGCAAAGCUUCAGCGGGCUAGCAGGCGUAAGCAUUGGCUAAAAGCCAAUGAAGCUCUUUUAAGAACACUCUUAAGUUAUUGUAGUCUUCAUGGUGCCCAUGGUGGAGGUCUGUCUGCUGUACGGAUGGAAUUAAUUCUUUUGCUGCAUGAGCUACAGCAGGAACGCUCCAGGCAGCAACUUCUUUCACCUCUGCCUUUCCCAACAACCUUGCCUUUGUUGGCUGCAAGCGUUGCUGGACAGAAAACUGUUGUUGCCGAUCCUAUACGUCAUUUACAGUCCCUUGUCCAUGACAUCUUACUGACAAUUAUUGACAUGACAGAACCUCCUACAGUAACAAGUUCCUCUUAUGCACAUGUAAUAGUAUUGAGAGAUUUAAGCACUUCUCUCUCAGCCUGUAUAUAUGAAUCCUUGUGUGAUAGUGAUAAUUUUGUAGUUAAGCAAGGAGGCCCAAGAGGUCUUAGCAUGGAAGAGCUUAUUAGUUCUGGUGUAGUCUAUCAAAAUAGUCAUUUAUUGGCCGGGCAUAUUAGUCGAGCUCGCCAUCAUAGUGGAGAUGAGGAAAUGAUGCCCACAACACCACCUAACAGGUGGCCAGGUGUUGCUUCCUUGAGAGCACUCUUGGCACAAGAUAAAGAUGAAGAUUCUCCCAGAUUGCACACCCUGUUGUGUGAGGCUUUUGUUAGCGUUUAUCUAAGUCAGUUAAUUCAUGCCUUGUGCACGUGUGAUUGUCAUGUUUUAUAUCGCUUGGUUGGUCAAAAUUUUACCAAAGAAAGCUUUGCCCUCUUAUUUGGUGGGGGUAUGAAGGUUCUCCUUCAUAUGUCAAGUGGUCCCUCAUUGGAAAAUUCCAUCUCACCUGGAUCCUUAGAAAGAGAAACUUCUUCUGAGACAAGUUCUGGUUUGCUAGACUCACUUUCCCGUCAAAGAAUUAAGUUUCACAUGAGACUACUGGGGCAGCUGCCUACUCAGACUACUCGACCUGCAAUGAAAGAAGAUAAACCCACUUAUCGAGAGCAGUUUGUUCCUCCAAAGAUGUCAAUGGUUUCUCUUUUCAUGUCUAAGGCAGAACUACCUCAAGAGUGGCAAGCACUAGAUUAUGAUUCAAAUGCUUCCUUACCCAGUGAUGAAGAUGAGGUUGAAGAAGAAGGUGAAAUAGAUGAUGUGUUUGGUGAAUCUAUAAAUGAUGCUCAGGUUUCAGGCAGUCGAAAGAAAAUUACAUCGGAUUCAGGAUUAGACCAGUUGGAUCCCUCAUCAUAUACAUGGGGAAUACUUCGUUACGCAGUCGUAAAAAUCGCUCUGAGACAUAUUGGGACCUUUUUAACAGUUGCAGGACUUGAAAUGCAAGAAUUGCCCCUUAUAAGCCCAUUAAUUCAAGCUGUACUCAAGUGCCUGGAAAUGUGGUUAAAAGAUUUAAAACAAUAUAUGGAUUCCUUUGAUGGACCACCACCAAAUUACAUUCCUGGUUGUUCCAUUUCCUCUAGUCAUACAGGACCUGCAGUUCUUAGAUAUUCAGCCUUGUUGGAACUCCAUAAUACACCUUUUAGGUCAAACCAUCGAGCUGUUUUACCCAUAAAAAGACUCUGGAAUUUCUUAGUGAGACAAGAACACGUCCAAGAUAUUUUUAUUCGAUAUAUAUACAGGCGAAAGGCACACGUUGCGAAGGAAGAAGAUCAAGGUGUUGAACCGAAGGAGGGUGCUGCAAAUUCGUUUGACACAGUUCGAAUCAUUCACAAAGACCAAGAUACCAUAAAUACAUUUUGCAUCUGUCAGGAAAAGCCAGGUAUAAUUUCCUUAGCAACUCCCAAAGAAAUACAAGAGCUUGAUAUAUCAGUACUUCUUCAACCUGUGCCAUGGCUUGAAGAUAAUGAAGAAUAUGAUGCUUUAAAUUUAUUAAGGCCAGCUGAUAGUUUACCACCGACAGACUACCUUGUUAUUCAGCAUCCGAGAGAUGCACUGAAUGCAAGCCUGUCUUCUACAGGUUCUACACCUACUGGUACUGGUCCUACAUCUGGAGGGAUUCAUUCUUCAAAAAAUAUGAAAGGCCUCAACUUUCCUGGUUGCACUAACCCACAGUUCUGCCAGUUAGUACUCGAGAGGAGUCGAUACAUGCUUAAACCGCUGAAGAGACACAAAAUUGAUGGUGUCCGGAAACUUGCUGCACAUCCUCGAUUGAAUGUGUAUCUCUCUGGUUCUCAAGAUGGGUCAGUAAAUCUUUGGGAAUGGAAUCAUGAAACAGCUAUCUCAUGUCUUCGCCAACCAGGAACAUUUGCAAAAGUUACUAGAAUUUUGUUUAAUUUACAAGGCAAUAAGUUUGGUAUAACUGACGGUGAUGGUAUCAUUAGUCUUUGGCAAGUAGGACUUGGAUCCUCUGUCAACAAACCAUUUUUUUCUACUCAGUGCCAUACAAAGCAAGCCAAUGACUUUGCCUUUUUAAGCUCUUCUAGUUUAAUCGCAACAGCUGGUCACUCAAACGACAACCGGAACGUGUGUUUGUGGGACACUCUUCUGCCGCAAGGGAAGUCACUUAUUACAAGUUUUCAGUGUCAUGAAAAUGGAUGUUCGGCUAUUUUAUUUGCAUCUCAAAAUCACAUUCUAAUUUCUGCUGGCAAAAAGGGAGAUAUAUGUAUAUUUGAUGUAAGGCAAAGACAACUGAGGCACAAGUUCCAAGCUCAUGAGUCUCCUAUCAAAUGCCUGGCUUUAGAUCCUGGAGAAGAAUUUUUUGCAACAGGUUCAGCGGAUGGUGAUAUAAAGGUAUGGGGCUUAAGCGUCCAUGUUAAAUUAUGUUCCUUUGCUGGUGAGCACACCAAAAGCUCCUUAUUCCGAAGCAUCAGCAAUGGAGUCUCUCAGUUAGAAAUUGAUGAAGCUGGUCGUUUAUUUUCCUGUGGUGCAGAUGGUUCACUGAAGAUGAGGACCCUCCCAGAUCAUGAUGUAGUCAGUUCUAUGUUAUAAACUAUUCGGAUUGUCCUGUAUGAAAUGCAACGAAAUUUUAUUAAAAUGAGAAUAACCUGUGAUUUAAUCAAUCUCUCUAUCUCUGACUGAAGUCAGCUGUGUCAGGUACAAGUAGCUGCUUUUCGUGGGCUGUGUGAAUUUCCAUCAGUAUAUAAAUCUUUGAUUGAUGCUGGAUUCUCUUUAAAAAUUUAGAGCUGUUCAAAAUUAGUCUUAAUUAAUUAUCCAUAAUGGACUUGUAUACAAGAACUGUUAAGAGUUUAUAUUUCUAAAAUUUAAGAAAGUGCAAUUUGUGUAUGAACUAUAUUUGGUUUUUGUUUGUUGUAUAUUUUAUAUGUUUUUAACCAUUUUAUUAUGAAAUACUGAUCUUGUAAAAGUACAUUAUCUAUAUAAUCAGUUGUGAUAAUUUAUUCAGAAAUUAGAUAGAUGUAUCUGAGUUGUUAUAAAUAUCCAUUGUUAUGUAGAAAAUAAAACUGGCUUCAUCCUUGAAUUAAAUUUGUAAAUUACCCAUUUAAGUAUUUUAUGAAGAUAUUAUUGCCACAUAAUUUCCAGCAAGAACAAAACUGUUUUCCAUUAUAAAUGUUUAUCUUGUUAUGCAUUUUCUUUUGCAAAAAGUUUGUAACAAUUUUACAAUGUCAUAAGUUUUUAAUAUAUUUUAUUAAUACUUCUCUGUUCUGUUCUUGUUUUCAAUAUUAUUCUCAGUUUGAUCCAACAAUUCACAUACAUUUCAUUUUUAAUAACAAUCAUUUCCUAUUUUUUUUUUUUUUUUUCUCUUUUCCGUAUGUAAUCCAGCAUGUUUUCAUAAGUUGUACAGAAACGCUCAUAAAUGUUUACCAGUAAUCUUUGAAUUCACUUUCAUCUAUGCAAUGUUGUUGGUAUUCUGUUUAUCUAUGCAUAAAAAGACAAGCUUUGUCCUACACCUUGUUUUGCUCAAUUGGUACAUAAUACAAUUUUCUAUCGGUGUUUUUCCUCAACCAACUCUCGGAACUUUUUGAACUGCUUUGCUCCUUCUCAUGAUGUUUUUGUGAUUGUCUGUCUUUCCAGAAGUUAUCGGUGUUUCUAUCACAUUCAAGAUGCCAGUUUGUGUCUAAAUCAGAAAUAAACAGUAUUUUCUCAUCAUCAUAGAAAUCAUUUAUUUAGGUUUCAUAUGUAUAUUUAUUCAAGCUUGUUUGUAUUUUGGAGAAUAGUGAUAUUACUUAAUAUAUUUUAAGUUUGUAAAGAAGUUGUAAAUUAUGUAUAACACUGUAUUUGUUUAUCAUGAUGUAGGUGAUGUACUAUUGUAUAGUGUCAAAAAUGUGUAAAAAAAGCCAGAAUAAUUUAUGGAAGAUCUUCAAAUGUUGACAAAAGCUAAAAAUUACUGUAUACAGCUGCCUUAGGGCUUGGAGGAAAAAUAAAAGAUAUACAUUGUAUUGAUUGCAUGAAAA